AUGCCGGUUCGGCAUCAGUCUGAAGGCAGGAGAGACCAAGAAAUGAUCAAUCAAUCCCUGCGUUCUUUUUCGGCGAUUGCACGGCUCGGAUCGAUACGGGAGGCCGCGGAGGAAUUGCACAUUGCCCAGUCCGCGCUCAGUCGACAGAUCCAGAAACUCGAAGAGGAGCUGGGCGUUCCGCUGUUCGAGCGCCAUGCGCGCGGCGUGAAGCUCACCUCGGCGGGCGAGAUAUUGCUGCGUCAUGCCCAGACCAACCUGCGCCAGAUCGAGAGGGUGCGCUCUGAAAUCGACGCGCUGAAAGGCUUGCGCCGGGGCACCGUCAACAUCCGCUCGAUCGAAUCGCUGGUCCCGCACCUGCUGCCGCGUGCGAUGACCCGGUUCAGCCAGCGAUAUCCGGGCAUCCAGUUCGAGAUCACGAUCGACGGUUCCGACCAGGUGGUGGCUGCCGUCCGCGAAGGCCGCACCGACAUCGGUCUGGCCUUCUAUCCGCCCGCCGAGGCCGAACUGGAGACCGCGUUCAAGAUGCGCGAGCCCCUGGUAGCGGUCAUGUCGGCGCAUCAUCCACUCGCCGGCCGGCCUAGGGUCUCGCUGGCCGAUUGUGCCGCCUAUCCGAUCGCCUUGCCGAUGAAGCAUACCGGCAGUCACAUCCUGAUCGAAGUCGCCUGCACCGCGGCGGGCAUUCACAUCUCGCCGACCCUGGAGACCAACGCGAUCCAGCUGCGGGUCGAGUUCGUCAGGGUGAAUCAUGGCAUUACGUUCCUGUCGCGCCUUUCGGCCUGGGACAGUCUGCGCUCGGGUGAACUGGUCGCCGUUCCGAUCCGCGACCGGCUGGUGAACAACGCGACGAUCGAUGCGAUCACGCAUUCGGCCCGACAGCUGCCGGUGGCGGCCGAGGAGUUCCUUCGUUUCCUUCAAGGCGAGUUCCAGGAUCUCCACGAGGUGGCCUACGCUCCCCUGAAGCGCGAGCCUGCGGUGGUCGCUUCGGCACGGUCCAUGCGUACGGUGGCGAAGGGAUCGACGGGAGACAGACGCUCAUGA